AUGAUGGACACUUGGAAUGGCAAUUUACGACUUGAUGAUAGCAAUGAGAUACGAGAUGUCUGGACCGCAGAUGAAGAGACUGGAACCUGGUUCAGCAAUCUACUGCUCAGCAAUAACGAUGCAGAACCCCAAGGGCAAGAAUGGUGGCAGAGCGCUACCGUCGAAUCACCUUUGGGCAUUCUAGCUGCAGUAAAAGUCGCUGAUGCAAGCAAAACAUUUCAGCCGCGGAUAACGGAGAUACUCUUUUAUGCUGCUAGAAAGCAUGUCCAACAAGACCUUGCCUCGCCAUCACACGAUGAAGCUUCUUCAUCAAGCCAGGAACUCGGACUCUAUGCUCUUCCUCUAUCCUCUGAUUUAUUACUUUUCAACGAUACGGAUAUCACACCACCCACCUCUCCAGUCCCGGGGACUUCAGAUCCAAGCACAAUAGACGGUCGUUUCAUCCCUCGGCCCUGGGACGAACCAACCCUCCGCCAAAAACGCAAGACCGCCCUCGACUCCACCUUCUCCGCCGCCUCUUCGCGCCGAAACCGACACUCAGGGGCCUCAAUAGCCGCAGCCGCACCCUCAAACAGUCCUUCCUUGUUGCCUUCCCUGCCACGUCUAAAGUCAGAAGCAAGCAGGGGCUCCGUACCCCUCCUCACACGACCAAAAAGCCGCAGCCCGAGUAUAGCAAGUCUGCGCCGCGAUCCCACGCUGCCAGAAACAAAACGGGUAGCGUCAGGGUUAUCGCGAGCAACUCCCGCACCUGCCACAUCAUCAUCUUCAGAGCAAGAAGUCCUGCAGCAGAAAAAUAAAGAUAUGGUGUCUAAAGUUGUGUUGGCUGGCCUACGUGUCUGGGGCUUCAGCGCUUCGAAGAGAAAGAAACGGGUGUCUACUUCGACGUUGGCGGCGGAGGCGGUGGAUCCAGAGGAAGAGGCUAGAGAUGAAGAGUACAAGUUACUGUAUCACCACGUCUACAAAGCCGCUUGUUUUGCUUUUAGAGCUUGGAUAGGCAAGGAAGAUUUGAGUGCCAAGGAGUUUGCGGAUAGAGUGAGGGAUACCGUAGAUUCGCUGUUGGGGAUUUUGUGUAAGGACCCUAUGGAGCAGUUGGGAGCCGAUGAGAUGGAUUUAAGCGAAGGGUUCAAGGGCGCUGUCGUGAGGACACCUAAAGGAGAGUUAGGAGAAGACGAGAGGGGGCUGAGAUGA